AUGCAUGAACGCCUUUCCCACGGUACGUACGUAGAGGAGCGUCGCUACUUCCUGACCACCUUGCACGCUCAGAUUGACAUUCUCAGAGACAACCACGAGGGGACCCGAAGGAUGAUUAUUAAUUCUCUGUCUCUUCUGCUUCUGCGAGUUGAUGGCCUGAGAAUGGCCGGACAGGCUUGUUAUAACUACGAUAACCCUAAUUGGAAUGCCAAGUGCAACAAGCUCUAUGAGCGGGUGCAAACUUUCAGAGAUACUCUUUCCGUGGAUCCGACCAGCAUUCACCAAGUCGCCACUGAUAUCGAGAGCAUGCUGCUCUUUUUGGACUUUUGUGUCCCUGCCGAUAUUGAGUACAGGAUUUCGCCUGAUCGGGGGACCGGAGUGGUGCCCCUUCGCCUGAGCCUAGACCUUGAUUGUGAUCUUUAA